CAAUUUUGUGCACAUCCAUCGCACAUGUUCUUUCUAUUUACCGUUAGUUUUAAGUGUAAAUGAAAAUGCUUUUUGUGGACACCUAACUCAAGAAAAGUGAUUGAUCUAUUUUAUAAAAAUCUGAACACGUUAUUUUUAAAAGUUGACACACCGUCGCCAUGGCUGCGACAUCCUUAGCAGAGCAGCUGCAGAAGCUAUCUGUGCCGCAAUCAUCCAUUUUCAAGGAUGAUCUGAAGAAGGCAUCUCUGUUAUUCAACCCUAAAGAGGCAGCUGCCAAAGACCGGGAUACAUUCUAUGAGAUAGGUCUGAGUGGCCUCAAGGAACUGAUAGCGCUCUAUGAGGGAUUCAGGGUUUAUGAGGACACCCUGUUCAGUUUAUCUUCAAAAGACUUUGAGAGAGCUGUACAAAGCAAAGAAACCAACAAAAACUUGGAUCAGACAGUUGAGAAGUUCCUGUAUCAAUUGGCACCGUAUCUACUCCUUCAGUCGUCUCACAAGGCUUUAGAAUGGCUUGUGAACCGCUACCACAUCCACCAAUACAACCAGGAUGCGAUCAUGGCAUUGAUACUACCAUACCACGAGACAAAGAUAUUCACCAGAUUCAUUCAGCUUAUGAAUGUUAAGUCUAGCUCAAACCGGUGGAAUUGGUUGCACCCACUCCAGAAGCCAGGUGUGCCAUUGGCUAAACAGAUUUUGUACAACCAGUGUGUGUCAAACACUGCAACUCUUCAGUUCAUUGCUAAAAGUACUUUGAAGUAUGUAGAAGAGUAUGGUGAAAGGGCUUCUCAGCUAAACACAGUGUUUGCAUUCUUCUGUUCGACUGUCAUUGGAACCAUAGACACUGCUAAAAAGGUUAGAGAGCCAAUAGUGAAUGCCCUGUUGCCCACAUUAAUGAAAGCAUUGGAGUCACCAAUUCAGGACUUCCGCAGCUCAGCCUAUGUGAUACUUGGCUACCUGACUACUAAAGCGUCAAUAAAAGAAGAUACAGUUUCUGAGAUUGUAGAGAAGCUAUUGCUCUCUGAAUUUGACAUUUCCUAUGAUAUGAUUUUGCUGACUAACCUGAUAUACAGUACGCAGACGCAUGUUAGCAAGGUGUCGGAUGAGAUUCUAUGCAGUUUAUCUGCGGAUACAAUGAAUGUGUUGUCUCAACAGCUACAGAAGUUGAUUGAACAGAAUAUCUCAGCUCAUUCAUUCAUCAUCAAGUUUCUGUCCAGCAUUUUGCCCAUGAUUCAGGCUGACAGUGAAAUGUUUAAGGUUAUCUCUGAUUUACCUAAAAUACUUAUUGAGAUUGUGGACUUUAAAAUGCAACAACCUGAAAAUAUUAUUAGAUGUGUGAUCCAGAACUACAAACCACAGCGGGGUACCCAAAUAAAUGAUGACGAAGAUGAUGGUGAAAGCGACAUUGAAAUAGUAGAAGAGGACAAAUUUUCCAUUAACAUCCUCCACUGGUACUCAGCACUCUUGAAGAACUUGGAAACCAAAUAUCCUGAUGCCUUUGACAAAGUAAUCAUGCAGGAACUCAAGAACAAUAGCUCAAAAAAGAGGCAGGCCCAGUUGUCCAAACUCCUUGGGUUCAAACCUUCACUAGCUCACAAAGUGGGAGGGACAACACUGUUUGAGCAGCUCAACCAUCCAAAUGCUGUGCUAAGAGUAGAGGCCGUCCAGUACAUAACAAAGAACUUCCAAACUCUUACAAAGGAGAACAUUGAUUUUGUCAGAGAUUCAAUCAUUAGCAGAUUCAAUGAUGACAACCAUGAAGUAGUCUCUGCUGCUCUUGACAUACCCACAGAUUAUUUACAAGAGGUCCUCCGCGAAGAUGAUAUAACUGGUGUUUUUAUCAAUGUAAUCUCAAGGGAUUUGAGGCACUACAAAAAGUGGAAGCCAGUUGUGAAUGCAGCCAUUGUAAAAUUCUGUUCCUUGGAUAUUUUACCUGUUACACAAGAUUUAGUGUUAGUUGUGAUGCCACAUUUGUUCCCGACUGAUGCUAAAACAGCGACUGUAGCAUGGAACAUCAUUAAUUCACCUUGGGGCCGAAAAUUCACGCUCACGAAAAACAUAAAAGGAUUGAACACAUCCAUAGCAAAAGACAACCAUGAGAUCAUCAGUCAGACUAUGUUCAAUGAGCUAUGUGUUAAAAGGCAAUUCAACUUUGAUGAUAUUCUUGAUAUCAACUCAUUGGGCAAGACCAAAACUCUGAGUGUCUGCUUUUAUUUACUGUUGAAGUCAUGCAGUAUUAAGAAAUCGUCUAUUGAGGAUAUUACCAAUGUCCUGGACUUACUUCUGAGCUCGAUUGAAAACUGUGACAUAUACCCUAGCUCAGACGGAGAUAAGCUUUCAAGCCACCUAUUCCCAGAGUUCAUAAACCUGGCCAGACAAGACAAGAUACUAUUUGAGGUGAUGGAGUAUAUAUUUACAAGGAUUAUUGAAGACAUGCAAGUCGCUGAAAUAUCAAAGCCAUGGUGCAAUGUGUGUAAGACCCCUGACACAAUCUUAAUCCGACGACUUUAUGAGAUUUGCGUGACGGGUAGUUUUAUACCUACUUACAGUCAAAAUUACGCUAAACUACUAUCGUCGCUAAUGAAUAAACUGUGCUCGAAUGCUAAAGAGAAGAUUGAGUUCAUUGCAAAUGUUGCUUGUGGCCAUAUCCUGUACGCGGCUGACCCAAAAGAUAUAAUAAGUCCUGAGCUACAACUUAGAAGUCUAAAACUAUUGGACAAUUACAUUGUUGAAGGAAAAGACGUGAAAUGGAUCUACGAUUCUGAUGUGGCACUGGUUAUGAUACUGUUUGACUUAAAUAACCCAGUCUCCAUUGUUAGACAGUCUGUAAUUGACAUUAUAUCAAACAUAUUGAAGAUACAAGUAGAGAAGUCCAAUACUAAUGCCCAGCUUCUGAAACAACUGUUUGAACAUAAAGAAGAAUUGAUUUUGGAUCAUGAACAACUGCCUCAAGUUUUAUGCACAAUUUUAACGCAACAAACUGCCGAGACGAAAGUUUUUCGAAGGAACUGUUUGUUACGACUGAUGUCGAUCUUGAUUGGCCAAACACCAGCUCACAUCACGUCAGAAUUCUUAAACAUACUUCAGCAUUUGAACAACUCAAAUGUAUUCUCACACAUAGUACCAUCAUUAAGUGCUCUUGAAAAACAACUGAAGACCGAAUCCAAUCCAAAGUUUGUAUUCGAUGUUUAUGAAUCAAAACUUGUGCGAAAUGUCUUUGGGCGUAUCAACGAAAGCACUGUCUCUACAUUUGACAAAGACCAGAUAUGGAAUUCUAUAGCUUUCGGGCUGAAAGAGUACCGAGAAUGCGUAUUAGAAGAAGACCAAACACAGACCAGUCCAUCAGCUCUCAUCAUGAGGCAAAUUACAGACGAGGUGUUCAAGAAAAUGCCUGAAAAUAAGAGCACAGAGUUAAUCCUUCUGAUUGCUUCAGCUGGAACAUUCAGCAAUAACCCAAGAAUAUCCAGUGUGGCAUCCAAAACUAUCAAGAAACUUCAAUUGAAUUUGUCUCAUUUCAAACCCAUACUAGACAAAAUGUUAACGGCAGUAGACCCAGCUACUACUGCCCAGAAGAAAUCCAAGUCUUCAGUAUCAAUGCUGUCAUAUCAACUAGCAGAAACAAACGAGUGGAAAUUGGGAAUAACGCUGCUAGAAUACGUCCAGACCAAAAAGAAAAUGGCAGUCGAUAAUAGCUUCGUCAACAUCCUAUUCCAACUUCUGAACAGAUGCCUCCGCUUCGAAGAGCAAUCCUAUGUUGAGUACGUAAAGCAGUUGAUUCUGUCGUCUCUAUGGUUCUACUGUAAGAAGUUCGUCAAUGACAAAGACAAGGAGCAAAUGAAGUCAUUGAAAUCGGUGUUUGAUAUCGAACUGGUUGUGCAAUGUAUCAGAGGGACGCAGAACCCUCAAACUCACCAUCAUGCCCUCAUUCUACUGUCACACGCUGCCUACUUGUUGCCAGACCAAGUCCUCCACCACACGAUGGAAAUCUUCACAUUCAUGGGCACUUCAGUUUUACGACACGACGAUGCGUACAGUUUCCAAAUAAUCACGAAGAUUAUCGAGACCUUGAUACCUAUUCUGGUGAAGCUGGACAAAAACGCAGAGGAGUAUACAGACAAAGAGUUAAUGCAGUUGCAGAAAAGAGUGGUGCCAGUUCUACGUAUAUUCGCUGAUGCGGUGUUACAUGUGCCGGAACACAGAAGAUUACCGCUGUACAGAAAGCUGAUCGAAACUCUUGGACCUAACAAUUUCCUAUGGAUCUUCUUAGCUCUGCUUCUAGAGACACAUAUAUCACAUUUCAACGAAGGCAAAGAAAAACAGAAGAAGACAAACAGGAACCUGGCAGACCAAGAGUCUCCAUUGAACAGAAUGGACUUCGGACAAAGUAUUCUUCUGGAAUUCACGCCAGAAGUUGGUCUUGGCAACUUUAUAAAGCUCAUAACUUAUGUAAAGUCUUUGCCGCUUCAGAAAGAUGAGGAUAGCAUGGAGACAGAUGUUGAUGCUAGCGAGAUAUUCAGUGUGAACGGACAUUCAGCCAUACAGCUGCGCCAUUACAAAUACGCCAACAUAACCUUCCUAAAUAGCUGCCUGUCAUCUUCGAGGUUCAUUCACCUGACCAGCCAAGCCGAGGACAAUUCUCUAAUGGAAAGUCACUACAAGACCUUCAUUAUCAACAUACUCACUUUCAUCCAAAGUAUCUCGAAAGUCAGCGAUGAAAAGACGGCUAAAUACUGGCGGGUCAUGCUACACCACAGCUAUGAUUUGUUAGACAACAUAAACAAUAUUCUGUCAGUCAAUAUGUUCCUGUCAGUUAUCAGGGGAUUACUGAAGCAUACUCUGCAGACAGUCCGAAGGAAAUCAAUGGAACUGCUGAACUCCAAAAUCCAAUUCAGUCCAGAAUUUUUCGCUGAUUGCGACAAAGAUCUAUUCUUCUCUCUGCUACCAGCUCUUCUGGCGAUUGUCGAGACAAUAGACACAAGCCAGGAAACUACAAACAAUGAAAUUGCACAAGAAUUGGAGUUGAACCAGCAGACGGCCUUACUAUCUCUAAAGCUGCUCACCAGAAUGCUAGCCACUGAGAACCCUGAAGAAUUCAAGCCAGUCUUGGAAAAAAUCACGGAGUAUACUUGCCAAUCGAAAAUACCUGGCAAUGUUAUGGCGUCUAUAGUGUUGUGUCUGGCUGAAUUAUGUGCUAAUUUGAAAGCGCACGCCUUGGCUAGUCUUCGUAAGUUCAUGCCGGCACUUAUCAAGGUAUUGAAGAAACAGAGAGAGGCGGAGACACCAGAGUUGAUUCUUCUGAGUACUGUCACAGCUAUAGCGAAGAUCGUAGAGAGCUUACCUCUCUUCCUGAGUCCGUAUCUUGAGAAGAUUCUAUACGAGUAUUCGAUUUUACUGGCCAAAUGGCAGAGCUUUGACCAAGGCUGCAGCAAGGUAUCGGCAAUCGUCACUAAACUCCUGAAUAUAAAGAAGAAAAUAGCUGGUUCAAUACCGCCAAGAAUACUGAUUCCUGUGGUCAACCAGACACAUAAGCAGCUGUUGGAAAAGGAGGAAUAUAGUGCAGUUGGUCCAGUGAUGUCGGUUCUAGCCGAUAGCUUCGCCAAUGUGACUACAGCAGACUUUACUAGUCUCCAACAAGAGCUAACUACCUUCUUCCUAUCAGCUUUACAACUGCGUAGUGACGCAGUGGAAAAGAAUGUGGAAAGCAAAUCCAUUGACGACGCAGAAGAUGAGGUGGUCAAUGCAUUAGUGUGUCUAGUACUGAAGUUGUCAGAGAAUAGCUUCAGGCCGUUCUAUUUCAAGAUUUACGACUGGGCUAUUAGGACCAAUUUGGACGGGCAUAAGGACCGGGCGAUUACUUUCUAUAGGCUCAGCAGCGCAAUAGCGGAAAAACUCAAAGGGCUCUUCGUGCUAUUUGCCGGCCACUUCAUAAAGAACGCAGCCGAAUUACUAGACUCAUGCAAUACAAGCAAAACAGAGUCUUUGUUCUUCGAAGAGGAAGACAAAAGCAGUAUGCUUGUGAACUACAUACUGAAGACUUUACAAGUCGUUUUCUUAUACGACAGUCAAAACUUCCUGAACAAGGAAAGAUUUGAAACUCUCAUGCAAUCUGUAGUUGACCAGCUUGAGAACACGUUGGGUGGGAUUUCGAGCCUUAAAUCCAGAGCCACAGAUGUGCUUAUCCCGUGCAUAUCGCAGUUCGCUGUGGCUACCGCGGAUGACUCACUGUGGAAAUUGUUGAACUACCAGAUCCUGUUGAAGACUCGACACAAUGAUGCUGAAAUCAGGUUAACCGCCCUAGACUGUCUGGUUGCCAUGGCAACGCAGCUGGGCAGCAGUUGGCUUCCCCUCCUCGCUGAGAGUGUCCCAUUCCUGGCUGAACUACUAGAAGAUGGCGACUCCAAGAUCGAAAACGCAACUAAAGACGCCAUACGCAAACUGGAGCAAAUUCUGGGAGAGCCGUUGGAGAAGUACUUCUAAGGGAUGCCGAUAGAUGGCGCUUUUUAGUGUUUUGAACGUGAGCAUUUUUAUACUUUGAUGUAUGUAAUAAUGUAGUUGUAUAUUUAGGUAUAAGUGAUUUUAUUUCGUUAUAAAAUAAAAUUAUGUAA